AUGCCUUCAUUAUUUUUAACGAUGACAACGAUGGACUGGAUAACGGUCUCAUCUAUGGUCAUAGGAGCUUACGUUUUACGAUAUUAUUAUAAUUAUUUUACGCGUAAAAAUCCUCUUCCUGGACCAAUUCCGUUCCCUUUUGUUGGAAACCUGUUACAACUCGGUCUAGAUAUUCCCAAGGUGGCAAGGCAUUUAGAUUUAAAAUAUGGAAAUAUAUCUGAAGCAUACUUUGGUUCCCAACGAUCCAUUUUUGUAUCAGGAUUAGAUUGCGUGGAAAAAAUCUGUUCUCCUAAUACAUCCAUCAAGGAUAAUAGUUUUAUGUAUAGGAUACCACCAAAUGAAGGAUUUUAUGAAAUAGGUUUGGAAAGAAAUGGUGUGGUGUUUAAUAGAGAUUUAAAAGAUUGGAGUAUUAAUCGUAGAAUGCUUACUCAAACCUUGAUGUCUACCGGAUUUUUAAGGGGCACCAUUCAAUUGGUUGAAAAGAAUUGUGACGAGUUAUUUCAAUAUUGGGAUUUAUUAGGUGUCUCGGCAAAUGAUAAUCGUACCGUGAUUGAAUUACCAAAGUGGAUGAAAGCGUUUUCUAAUGAUUUAAUCAUUGAAACCAUCCUGAGUAAAAAAAGUUAUGCGAAAGCAAAUUACUUAAAUCGUAUAACUGACAACAAAAAACUUGACAUUCCUCAAAAUCUUUUAAAGCAAUCCGGUGAAAUCAUCGAUAACCUCUCUGCUUCCUUAAAGGGUGGAAUGUUUAUCAUGAACGUACCAGGUUAUAUUAGACGCUCAAUUUUUAAAUAUUUUAACAAUAAGAUUAUUGGUUUAUUUUAUGAGGUUGAAGAAGUGUUUGAUAAAAGGGUGAAAGAAAGGCGUCAAGAGAUUGAAGCGAUGCCCGUCGAAACAGAAUUACCAUGGGAUCUUUUGACCUUGAUGAUUACGACGAAUACAUCACGUGAUCAAAAUAAAGUUAGGUUGGGGGAACCUUUAUCCGACAUUUCAAUCCGUAAGAUUAUAAUGGAAUUAAUCGUUGCGGGAACUUAUAAUAUUAUGUCCUCGAUAUCUUUUGUCUUGGCUUACCUUUGUAAUCAUCCUAAUGUCAAAGAUCGGUUGAUUGAAGAAAUUGAACAAGUUUAUGGCGUAAAUUCAUCACCAACGAUUACGUUUGAAUCACUUGAUAAACUUCGUUACUGUGAGGCUGUAAUUCAUGAAACUGCUCGUAUUUCUCCGACAAAUGAAGUAUUCUUUAGAACCUCAAGUAAUCAAGUUGAACUUUGUGGUUAUACUUUUGAACCAGAUACAUUGUUUUGGACAAAUUUCUAUAGUCUUCAUCAUAAUGAAAAUUAUUGGGUUGAACCAGAAGUAUUUAAUCCUGAUAGAUUCUUGAAUAAUAAUUUGGAAAAGCCAAAAGCUUUCUAUCAAUUCGGUGGGGGAGUUAGGCAUUGCCCUGGUAGAUUCCUUGUUAUGGUACAACAUAAAAUUUUUCUUGUACGUUUAUUUUCAAAGUAUGAUAUUGAGUCAACUAUUCCAAAUCAGCCUAUUAUAAAAGGUUUUAUGGGAGGUAUCAUUACUUGUGAGAAAUUUGAUCGUCGGUUACCUGUUAGUUUUUUCCUUGCAUCGGUCAGUUCAGUUCAUGGGAGUUUUGUAAAAUUACAAUUUCUAACAAUUUCUAAGAAUUGGUCGUGGAAUGGAACUUCGAUAAACGAGGAGUUUCCUGAUAUAAAUUUGGAAAGUUUAAUAAACAACUCUGAUCAAUCAGAAACAAGAGCAAAUGAAGCAGCAGAUCCAAUAGAUGUAAUUAUAAAUAGAGUAAAGGAGGCAGUUGUAAUCCAAGCAGUUGUAAACGAGGCAGUUGCACCUUUUAUACCUCUUGUAAUGAAGAUAACUGAUUUAACAAAAGAGAUAGCGGACGCUUAUGAUUAUGUUCAAAAACUUGUGCUGGCUAGAUCCAUUACAAAUGAACAAUUGAUUUCAAUUUUAAGUUCUGAUAUUAUUGAAAUGAAGAAAUUUUUAGACAAUAUUGAAGGUGGUAUUACAAUUAUGAUGAACCAUACCACUGUAUUACAUGUUCAAGAAAGGAAAAUUGUUGUUAAAGCGGACAAGGACAAACAUGAACUUAAUUUUACCUCGCUCAACGGGGAAAUUGAUACGAUUCGUUAUUUGAAUGAAAGAAGUUUGAAUGUAAGAAGUUCUACAUUUGAAACUGAAUCCAGUACUAGUGGACAAAUUGAACCUUCGGAAUUGAAAGAUACUGCGGAACCCUAUAAACGUAAAGUGACGCUUGGCUUUCAAAAAAUCCCUUAUGUAAAUAUGAGCAUAUCUGGAAUACAAAAUCACGUUUUAAAAGGUAAUAGAGAAACGUUGUGCUCUGAAGAUUCUGAUCCCAUUCAAAGAGCGUAUUGUGAAGUUAUUAAACUUGAUUUACAAAAUUUAUCUAAUUCUGAUUUUAAUUCAAUUAUACCAUUAACACCAUUAAAGGAAGGUUUAGUGGCUCACAAAAAACAUGACUAUAACAAGGCGUGGAAAUGUUUUGAAGAACACGCAAAGGCUGAAGAUAUGUUGGCGAAAUACUGGCAAGGAUAUUAUUACUCGGAAGGAAAAUACUUUUUAAAAUAUUUGAAAAUGUCGGCUGAUAAUUAUAAUUCCACUGCCCUUUAUAAUCUCGGUGAAAUUUAUUUCAAUGGUAGGAUGGGUUUUGAAAAGGAUCGAGAAAAGGGUAUUCAAUAUUUAACAUUGGCUGCUUUACAAGGUCAACCGAAAGCAAAAGAUGUUUUGAGAUGCAAUAAUAUUGAUUUAUUUUAA